ACGGCGACACUGACGGAGAGGUGGGGGGGGCGUGCGUCCUUAUCCUUCGGCGACGAUGGAAUGACUAAAUGAAUCAAUGAUGGUGGGUGGAAAAUAAUUGAGUGAAAGGAGGGGGGAGGGUGUGGACUGGCGGCCAGACGUGGAAGUCGCCACACACACGCGUGGCUAGGGGACUGUGACGGCAAUGCCGUGUAGGUCGCCCUUUCACGUCCCCCCCCACCCCCAACCCACCCACCCAGGGGCGACUCUGACGGCAAGCCAUAUUGCGAUGUUGAUCCUGAUAGCAAUUUUCCAUAGAUCCAUGCUUGGGAAGGGGGGGGUGAUUCACGACGGCAAACACCAAGGGGGGGGAGGGAGGGGGGAGGGACGGUGACGGCGACACUGACGGAGAGGUGAGGGGGCGUGCGUCCUUAUGCUUCGGCGACGAUGGAAUGACUAAUGAAUCAAUGAUGGUGGGCGGAAAAUAAUUGAGUGAAAAGGGGGUGGAGGGGGGGAGGAGAGGUGAUGGGGGGGCUGGCGGGCAGACGUGGCAGCCGCCCGCCACACACGCGUGAUUAGGGGGACUCUGACGGCGCCUGCCAUAGAAGUCGCCCUUUCCCUUUCAUUCACGGAAUCCUGGAGGGUGGGAUGACCGAGUGUUGCCAUCACGCGUUCCCUCCGACAUCUCAAUACAUCCCCUAUGGUCAAGGUCGUCGCGACUGCCGCACGAGAUCCCGUUACCUGUCCAUCCUUUUUACCUGGAGAAAGCGUCUGUGACGGCCAGGGCGGAGCGGCGGCCUCUUCCACUUUCACCGACCACCAGCGGCAUGGCUGACGUAAUACUUAUGUCGGAUGGCGGUCUUAUUACUAUCAUUAUUAUUAUUAUUAUUAUUAUUAUUAUUAUUAUUAUUAUUACUAUUAUUAUUAUUAUUAUAGCCGACACGUGCUCCCUCCGAUAUCUCAGUACAUUCCCCUAUGGUCAAGGUCGUCGCGACUAUCCACGCCGUACCGCCAUAAUCUCCAGUCUGCCGACGUAUAUAUGUCAUGAAAAGGUAAAGUUUAAAGUCAGUCUGUUAGUUGACAGGGUUUAAAAAACAUGUCAUUGAGAGAUAGUGACGAUAUAUACGUAUACCUAUCUUCUCUUGCAGGUGGUAGGUCAUUUCCCAACAACACAACAACAGAAUUUGAAAACAGAAUCUUACCCAUUCAUUUAGACACCGGCAGGGAUUAUGAAGUCGGCCUGUGUAAUAUUUUAUUCCCUAAAUAUUUCUACUGCAUUGCGGAAGGGGAUCCAAAUUCCAGUAUAUCGUUCUAUGGUCGGGUUAAGCAGUCAGACUUUGAUAUGUAUGAAUAUAAUAUGUAUACCUAUCUACCGGAAAGGAAUAUCAUCUCCAAUUUUACCGAUAAGAACAUACCGGCCAUAACUAAGGCAAUUAAUGGACAGAUAGUGAGAGAACUUCAAGCAAUCUUGAAUGACUCCUUUAAGAUCUAUUUCCCUUACUCGGAUAUCAUUUAUUAUGACCGCGACUUGGAGCGGGUCGUUGUGAAUAACGCGAUUGUCCCUCCUAAUGACGAUCGUAUUUACAGUGAUAUAAGUAUAAAAUUUGCAUCGCAUAUAGCUCACAUUCUGGGUUUCAAUCCAAAUUUUCGCUACACCGUCUACUUUCAAAGAUCUGGCGACGGCAUUUCAUCUUCCGACGCCAGCGAAGCUUCCUCCUCAUCACCCAUAAAAUUAUUCGCUCAAUACGUACCGCGAGCUGAUGCAGGGACGGAUUAUAUGUACGUUUAUACCGACAUCAUUUCCCCCUCGCGAUUUGGCAACCAACUAGUUAAUAUAUUAGACGUCAUACCACUCCCCGGCGACAGCACCAGUAAAGGUGCGAAUUCAAUUACGUAUAAACCACUUUCUGCAUCAACUAUAGAGAGUGUGGCCAUCAAAAUUGCUAAUCAAAGAGGCAAACCUAUUCAGUUUGAAGAUGGGGAAAACAGUGUUACUUGCGUGUUACAUAUAAGACCACGUUAACUUUGCGUCUCGGACGUAAAAUUUUGAAGAGAAUCGAUCAAGGUGGGAUAAUGGGUGGAGUGGAGGAUAAUGAAACAGGCAGGUGUUGCCUACUUCCGAGUCAAGGCACGCGCCUCGCGACCAUCUGCGCGGGAAGCUUCAGUGUUUCCCCGCGCGGCAUGGCGGCCGGGACAAAGUGUUGACAAUGUUAUAGAAAAAAAAAGAAAAGAAAAUGGGUGUUCACUGUGGAACAGCAGAGGCGCGGAUUUUAUGUGAAGUGUGUGGGAGAUGGCGCACUAAUCCAUCCUGCCCCUCAUGUGUGGAAGACCAGUGUGAUUUAUGCGAGCGGUGUGGACUUCUGUUUCCACAUCCACCGCCAGAACACACCUGCGAAGUUGGCAAUCCUGCUUCUUCUGGCUCACACUCGAUUGAGGUUGAGCAGAACGCCGGCGUAGAAGGCCCACGUCGGCGGACGUCACAAGGCGACAUCCCACGCGGAGGCGGGGGAAGAGACUCGCCACGGCCGGGACCGAGUGGAUUAUCGGGGAACGUAUUCAAUUCUUCCGAGACUUCAAGUCCUUCACUACCUACACAAGACACGCCACAAGCGGAGGCGGACCACGAUGAGCGCAGCAUGGCAGGAGAGUCGGCGGAUGCAGACCUUGACGAGCGCGGGAUGCCGGAAGAGCCGCGGUUAAUUGACUCGAGGGAAAAUUUUAUGAGGAGCUUCACCAGACAUCAAUAUGACAUACCUGAUCAUGUAAGCAGAGAUCCACUCGGUCUACUUACCGAAUACAGGGAGUUCUUUAUACGGGAAAUUAGAUCAUAUUUCACGUCACACGGCUCGCCAUUCCCCCCCACCCUGAAAAUAUUUUCACACAUUUCUCUGUUACUAGUGAAAUUCUCUACCUUAGGCGAGGAUGAACAUCGAGUCAUUCAUAUUGCUUUUAGAGCACGACUGAUCACCUAUCAAGAUGUGCCUGACCUUGUUGAUUUAUGGAUCCAUCAGCUGAACAGUCGGCUGGAAAGCCUUACCAGCGAGACUGAAGGAUCUGGUUUUAUCAUUUCAAGAGUACAGAAUUUUUUCAUCAACUAUUGCUUGCAUGUCGCAUGUAGUGGCAUAGGAGAUUAUGUUGCUUAUCCUAGAGGCGUGCGAGGAGGGAAUGAAAUUUUCAAUCCUGAUGGCCGACAUUCAUCCUGUGUUAUUCAGUGUUUGGCGGCUUUCAGACUUCAUGCUCGAGGUGUACCUUGGAAAAGAAUUCCAAAAAUAUUACGGAGACGGCAUGGCGGAGAGAAAUACGUCACGCGCGGAAAAGUAGGCAGUCCAGUGACUUGGGAGAACUUGAGUCAGUUAGAAAGGUUAAAUUGUCUGUCUCUGGACGUUUAUACACUGACAAAAAGCGGUGAGAUAUACUAUUUAACAUUAUCAAGAAAAGGCUCGCGGAAGUAUAAAACUGUAGUCUCACUCCUUUUACUAGGUGGAAAACAUAUGACGCUCAUUAAAGACGUGGAGAAGCUGCACCGGAAAUUGACGAGAAGCAGUCCCACCCCAGAGGGUCAUCAGUUUUGCAAAGUAUGUUUCAGCUCAGUUCCCAAGUCUGUCAGUUUGAGCGAUCACGAGUGUCACUGCGACUUCACUCAAACUCUUCUCUUUCCAGGUGACGGUGAAAAAGUAAAAUUUAAAAAUUUUGCCUACACCUAUCAGCCUGCAUACUUAGCAUUUUUUGAUUUUGAAACUAUGAUAAAACCUAAGGAGAAUAGGAGUGUGAUAGCUGAACAUGACCCAAUUGGAUACUCGUAUCUCAUCAUCAAUAGGCAUGGAGAUGUCGUGGAAAAGAGAAGUUAUUUCGGUGAAGAUCCCGUGAAUAAUUUCAUUGAUAGCCUAUCCAAUGCUUGGGGAAUCAUCAAGGAAAGUGUAGUUAGCUAUCCAAUUAGCAUGUCUGCGGAGGAUGAAGCCCACUUCAAACGUCAGCGUCACUGCGAGCUCUGCCAUCAACCCUUUAAUGUGAAAACCCCACCUCAUAAACAUCACGACCACUCAUUACCACAAAAUAAUUACAAGGGGGCUUUGUGCGCGCGAUGCAACCUCCAGUGUCGUGACAUGAGGAAAUAUCUCAUCACUCUGGCACAUAAUAUGAGCUUUGACGUCUCCUUAAUCAUAAAAGACCUUCACUUGCCAGAGUCGCACGUGGACAUCCUUGCCAAGUCAGAAUCGCAUUUAUUGAAAGUAAGGAUUAAGGAAUUGCAGUUUCAGGACACGCUUUCCAUUAUGAAUGCUGGCCUCGGUCAUCUCGCUCAGAGUCACGUGCAGGCGGGCUAUAGCACGCGUUACGCCCAGGAAAUGGUGAAUUACCUCCCCGAGGAUGUAAGGCGUGUAAUUUGCACUCAAAAACAGUUUCUUUGUUAUGAGUACAUCACCGACCUUGGCCGCUUAGAAGAUCGACAAUUGCCACCUCGUGAGGCAUUUUAUGACACGCUCAAGGGGAAGGCUCUGCCACCUGGAGAAUAUGAACACGCUCAAAGCGUGUGGAGUAUGACAUCCUGCCGCACUUUAGGCGAUUACAUAAGACUGUAUUGUGAGAUUGAUGUGGGAUUAUUAGCCGACACAUAUCUCAAAUAUAGAUCAUACCUGCAUGAAUUUUAUGGGCUGGACGUGUCACAUUACGUGUCACUGUCUUCUUAUGCUUAUGACGCUUUUUUAAAGUCGACAGGCGUUCAACUUGAUCCACCUUACGACCCUAACAUGUAUCACCUGAUCAAAAGAAAUGUACGAGGAGGCUUUGUAACUUGCGUCAGGCCACACCUGCAGUCAAACCACGAACCCGACGGUGGACCCGGCACCUAUGUGUUCUAUCUGGACUAUAAUUCAUUAUAUGCAAGCGUUAUGUGUUCCCCCCUGCCUAUGGGUGACAUCAAAAAGCUUUCUCAGUCAGAGAUGGAUGAUUUUUUUGAAGUUGGCAUCCAGAAUCAUGCGACAGAUGGCGACGUCGGUUACUGGCUGCAUUUAGACAGCUGUGACGUUUCCCCCGACGUAGCUCGGAUCACGGACGAGUUCCCUCUGUGCCUCGCACACAUGACUAUUACAGAAGAUGACAUCUCACCGUACAGUAAAAGACUGUUAGAAGCUGAGGGUCGUAAGCUGGGGAGGAAAAAUCGUAAACUCGUGGCCAGUCAUAAGGGACUGAAAGAUCAUCUCAUCAGUCUGGAAUUGCUGCAACUUUUACUCUCACUUGGACUGGAAAUACAAUGUGUUCAUGCUAUAUAUAGGUUCAGACAGGCUCCAUACCUGAAACCUUUCAUAGAAAGGAACGUCGCUCAGCGUAAAAAUGAGACGUGCGCCAUUAAAAAUCGCAUUUGCAAACUGAUGUCAAACGCAGUUUAUGGUAGAUCCAUGUUAUCUGAAGUGAAGUAUGGCCUCCAGCAGAAAUUAGUGACAAAAAGAAAGUCUUUCCUGAAGUAUGCAAGAAAUCCAUCCUUUAAAAGGGUCCACCAAUUAGGCGAGGACCGAGUCAUAUGUGUCAACAGUAAGAACACGAUUAAAAUCAGGCAGCCAAAUUACUUGGGAUACCAUAUUUUAGAAGUGGCAAAGAAGUACAUGUACAACUUUUGGUAUCGUGUCAUCAAAGCUAAUUAUGGGGAGAGAGCUAAAUUAGCUUAUGAAGAUACUGACAGUUUCAUUUUCAGUCUGCACAUACCUACAAACUUAAAUGAUGAACUGAAACAUGGACCCAUGGCAAAUUUUCUCGACACCAGUAACUUUGCUUCAGAUCACCCGUGUUUUAAUGGGGAGCGGAAGGGUCAACUAGGCUUGUUGAAAUCUGAAACCGGAUCCACGCUCAUCAAAGAGGCGAUUAUAUUAAAGCCAAAGAUGUAUUCGCUGCUGUUGGAAGAUGACAAGCAAGUAUCUCGAGGUAAAGGCAUUCCAACUCACCUUCAGCAAAAUAUAUUGCAUCAGCAGUAUAGGGAAACACUUAAUAAUGUCGCAUGUGGGAUGGUGGAUUGCUAUAAUAUCAGGAAUGUGAAAGGACAAAUUUGUACCACUCGUAUGCGAAAGCGAACGUUGUCACAUUUUGACGACAAGCGCUUUCACGUCGAUGGCUAUACCUCAAGGGCGUAUUAUCACCCCGACAAUGAUCCGCGGGAAAGAGAUGUGGAGAAUGAGAUGGAAGAGGAGGUGGCGGUGGAUGUGGGGGAGGUGGAGGUGGAUGAGGAAGAGGAGGAGGAGGAGGAGGAGGAGGAGGAGGAGGAGGAAGAGGGGGAGGAAGAGGGGGAGGAUGGGGUAAUGAGUGGUCUGUGGCGUGAUCGGGAGAGACUUUCCGCGGCAUUAUUCACAUCAUGAUUAAGGGGUAGAGAAAGAGAGGACGCAGCUGCUAGCAGACACCCUUCAUGUAAUGUAAAAAAACAUUUGCUCUGACCACGUAGGCUAAGGAAGAGGGGGAGGUGGAGGAUGGGUUGUGUCGUGAUCGGGAGUGGCCUUCCAUGACAUUAUUCACGUCAUAAUUAAGGGGUGGAGAGAGACCGCGGCCGCCAGCAGCUGCCAUUCAUGUAAUGUAAGAACAUUUGUUUUGAGUAUGGAGUUAAGGAGAGGAAUGAGGAGAUUGUUCAUGUACUGUAAGGACAUUUGUACUGCCCACGUGGGGAUAAGGAGGAUGAGGAGGAGGAGGUAAUGUAAGAACAUUUGUACUUAGGUUAAGGAGAGGGGGGAGAAGGGGGGAGGUUGAGGAAGAGGUGUGGGUCGGGGGAGAUCCACGUCAUAAUUAGAAGGCAGGGAUGAGGAUGCAGCUGGGAGGUUAGUUAUGCUGUUACCUACAUGACCAUGUAAAUAAAGGUUAAGUAAUAAAUACUGUAAACAUAU